AAAACUUCGCCGUUUGUGACAUGUCAUCAUUGUCUCUGUUUUGCUUUCCGUCAGCCGUCAUGUACGUGAUGGGCGCCUUGGGUCCGGCAGCCGGCUACCUGCUGGGAGGCGUCCUCAUCGGCUUCUACGUGGAUCCCGAAACCGUGGUCAACAUUGAGCAAAGUGACCCUCGCUUUGUGGGCAACUGGUGGAGCGGCUUCUUGCUGUGUGCCGUCGCCAUGCUCCUGGUCAUCUUUCCCAUGUUCGCCUUCCCCAAAAAGCUGCCGCCGCGCCACAAGGGGAGGAAGAAAAAGAUGGGCGCCUCGCCCGCCGCCCUCUCCGGCGACGAAGACGACGUGAUGAAGGAGAAGUCCGGCGGCAAGGGCCAGAGCAUGUCCUCCUCCAUGGGCUUCGGGAAGGACAUCAGGGACCUCCCCAAGGCGGCGCUGAGGAUCCUCGGCAACAUGACCUUCCUGUUCGUCAGCCUGUCCUACACGGCCGAGUGCGCCAUCGUCACCGCCUUCAUCACCUUCAUCCCCAAGUUCAUCGAGUCCCAGUUUGGCAUCCCCGCCUCCAACGCCAGCAUUUACACGGGUCUGAUCAUCGUGCCCAGCGCGGGCGUGGGCAUCGUGCUGGGCGGCUACAUCAUCAAGAAGCUGAAGCUGGGCGCCCGCGAGUCGGCCAAGCUGGCCAUGAUCUGCAGCGGCGUGUCGCUGCUCUGCUUCUCCACGCUUUUCAUCGUGGGCUGCGAGAGCAUCAACCUGGGAGGCAUCAACAUACCCUACACCACCGGCCCGACGCUAACGCUGACGCAUCGGAAUCUGACGGGAAGUUGCAACGUCAACUGCGGCUGCCGAAUCCAUGAGUACGCGCCCGUGUGCGGCUCGGACGGCAUCACCUACUUCAACCCCUGCCUGGCUGGAUGCAGCGCCGUCGCCAACGACAGCAGCGGGAUAAGGAACUACACGGAGUGCGGCUGCGUUCAGAGCCGUCAGGUGAUCACGCCGCAGUCGGGCGGCGGCCCCGUCAACCAGCUCCAGCUGGUCAUCGUCAAGACGUACCUGAACGAGAACGGCUUUGCCACGUCGGGGAAGUGCGACCGCACGUGCGGCACCCUAAUCCCCUUCCUUGUCUUCCUCUUCAUCGUCACCCUCAUCACCGCCUGUGCGCAGCCCUCCGCCAUCAUCGUCACGCUCAGGUCGGUGGAUGAACAAGAGAGGCCUUUUGCUCUCGGCAUGCAGUUUGUCCUUCUCAGAACUCUGGCGUACAUCCCGACGCCAAUCUACUUCGGCGCGGUGAUCGACACCACCUGCAUGCUGUGGCAGCAGGACUGCGGCGUGCACGGCUCGUGCUGGGAGUACGACGUCACCGCCUUCCGCUUCGUCUACUUCGGCCUGGCCGCCAGCCUCAAGUUCGUGGGCUUCGUCUUCAUCUUCCUCACGUGGUACUCCAUCAAGCACAAGGAGGAGCGCGUGGAACGCUGGCGCCCCGGCCCCCACCCGCCUUCGCCGCCGCCUUUGCUCCUGGGCACCGUCAGCGAGCUGGUCGGCCACCCCGGGAGAGCUCGCAAGAGCCACGCGCGCACGCGCUCCUGCCCGGUCUUCAUCCCGCCGGCGCGGCCCGAGGCCCCCGCCACCGCCGCCACACUGUUGCUCUGCCACGGUAGCCUCAAAGCAAUAACGCCAAGAGGCUCUGGGCUCGUAUGACCCUUCACAAACAAAAACGCCACUCACCCUCCUCUUCAAGGGCUGAUUGACAACGCCGCCUGUCAUGGUGCUAACUCAUUUCCCACUCAAAAGCACAAACUGUGUUCUAUGCAAGAUUCCCCGAUUCUGUCUUCAGCUCCAACAACUCGACUGUCUGUCCCAAAGAUGUGAGCCGGAAAUCAUUCACGAUGCGCGUCAGAAUUGUGAUGGUGAUGAUUCAUGAUUGUAUUAUGUACAUAGCGCAGCAGGAUGGUCGAAAGCGGUCCUUGAGCCAAGAACACCUACUGUACACUUACUUCAAGUCACUUGUGAUGUUUUGGAAAUGACAUCACAAUGCGGCGGUACCUUGAGAUACGCGUGACCCAAAAGUUUCCUCCUUUUGCCGAAUCGUGAGCGACUGAUCAACGACGAGGCUGUUUGAUGACACUCCCACUCGCCGUUUACUGCCAAACUAAAACAUAAUUAUAGCUUGUGCAUUUAAAACAAUCAGAAAUGUUGCCUUACAUGGGUAAAUUCACUAAGCUAAACGCUAACAUCAAUGCAAAACACCCUAACAUUGAACAGCUGGUUCGUUUGUGUGCAGGAUUGCGGUUGUACGCUGCCCCUCAGUGGUCAAGGUGGGCACACCUGAAGGAGCGGCACAACAAAUUGAAUUGCACCGUUAUAUUCUUAUCACGUAUUUACAUAAAGUACACUAUUAGAGGGUGAUAUUUUCCUUUAUUAAAAACACCCCCCCAAAAUUAUUUUGAGUUUUGAACACAGAACAUUUUGUAUUUCAAGGCACCGCUGUACAAACCCCAACUGGAUAGACCUUUUGGGUUACUUUGUGAUGAGUGUGUCUGGCUCACAGGUUCUGGGGCCAAAUCGCUUCUCGGCUAAGCCACUCGCUAGUUAGCCACCUAACGGCUUGCCACCACACGCAUUGUCCGUUUAUUACUUCGAAAGAUUUCCCUGAACAAGAAGCCGAAUGGCAAAAUUCCCAACCAGUGUUUUGAUCCAUAUCCACAUUUCUGCCCCCUCUGUGACUGUUCCAGUCUCUUUCCAUCUGUAUUGCAACCUGCUCAUGACGACACUUUGUAACCGAUUUAAAACUAAUAAUAAUAAUUUUCAUUGGAACCUAGUGAAAUUGGAUAAUUUCCCAGCACAUUGGUUGAGAAUCACUGCAUUAGAAAACAAACAAAAAUGGUAUGUCUAUUGCUCUUAUAAUCCCCUACAAAUGUGAAAAAAUCGAUCACCAUAAUACAGACAUAUUGUAUAUAAGCAUAAUGUUAAACACACAUUUACUAAACAUUAAACAAAAAAAUGCAUUUUAUUACAAUUAGAUGAGCUAAAGUUUACACACACACACACACACGUCUAUAUGUGCAUUAAUUCCCCCCUGGCGUGACUUAAGCUGUACCUCAAACGUGAUCAUCCUGUAAAUAUUGACGAUUGUAACAAUUAUUGAUAAGUGCAAAUAGUGUAGCGUGUAGAUGACAAGUACUUAAAAACUGUCAUUCAAAGACAAAAAUUCAAACUGGAGUUGUCUUUGGCAGUGCCUGAUCCGUGCUGUUGUCAAGUUCAGCAGACAGUGACUACCCACAAUGCACUUCUCU